GCGGUGUGUCUCCAUUCGCAAAAACCCUAGCACGAGCAGCGCCGCCGCCGCCGCAGCAAUAAAGGCGUCGCCGGAGGAGAUGAGUGGAGAGGGGGAGGGGGAGGGGGAGAGGAGGGUGCUGGACAUCCUCGCGGGCUCCGACGACGACUCGGACGGCCCCGCCGAGGACUACUCGAACUUCCAGAUCGACGAGGGGUACGCUCGCCGCUACGAGCACAAGAAGCGGCGCGAGGCGCUGGACCGCCUCAAGGAGAAGAAGAAGGAGGCCCUCGUCGCCGACCCAGACGACGAGGACGACGACGACUCCGACGACGAGUCGGACGAGGACGAGGCCGUCGCCGCCGCCUCCCGCCGCGUCGACCGCCGCGUGCUCCAGGUCAUCCGCCGCAUCCGCAGCGGCGACAGCGCCAUCUUCGACAAGGACGCCAAGGUGUACUCCUCGUCGGAGGACGAGGACGAGGACGGCGCCGAGGGGGAGCCCAAGGAGGGGAAGAAGGCCAAGAAGGAGCGGCCGCUGUACCUCAAGGACGUCAACGCUCAGCACCUGCUCGAGGAGGGCCCCGAGUUUGCCGCGCAGGCUGGCCGCGGCAGCAAGUAUGACCGGAUUGCGUACAACGAGCUCCAGAGGGAGGGGCUCAAGGAGUUCCUUGAGGCGGAGAAGAAGGCAUUGGGGGAUGGCGAUGAUGAGGAGGAAGAUCUGUUCAAGGCGAAGCAGGCUGAAGGAGAUGGUGGCGACAGCGAAGAGGACGAAGACGAGAAGCAGACCGAGGAGCUGUUGGGUGAGGUUUUUGGGGAUGAUGACAAGCUGGAUGACAAUGAGAAGUUUUUGAAGAAUUACAUCCUCAAUAGGCCCUACCUUGAACCAGCGCCGGAGAAGUUCUCGCUGGAUGAUAUCCAGGAGGUCUCACAGGAAGAGGAUGUGAUCGAAACUCAGGAGGACUAUGAGGAUAUUUAUAAUAAGUUGGGGAAUUAUAAAUUCCGGCAUGAGGAGGUGGAAGCUUCAGAGGGAGUAGUGACUGAUCGGGUAAUGGGACAUCCCCGGGUUGUUGAGGGGUCUGUGAGGAAGAAGGAGAGCAGCAGAAAGAAGCAGCGCAAGAGCAAAGAGGAACGGCUUGCGCGAGCCAAGCAGGAGCAGGCAGAGGAGCUGAAGCAUCUCAAGAAUUUGAAGAAGAAAGAGAUUGCUGAGAAGCUUGAGAAGAUCCGGAUGAUUGCUGGAAUUGAAGGGGAAGCUGCCUGUAAGCUUGGUGCAGAUGACUUGGAGGAAGAUUUUGAUCCAGAGGAUUAUGACAGGAAAAUGCAGGAGAUGUUUGAUGACAGCUACUAUGGUGCUGAUGAGGUUGAUCCUGGGUUUGGAAGUGGAGAUGAUUUGGAUUUGGUCAAACCUGAUUUUGACAAGGAAGAUGAAUUGCUUGGGUUACCUAAAGAUUGGGCACCUGAUGGUAAAGAAGGGUCUACUGCCACUGGUGAGAAGAAGAAAAAGAAGAAGAAAAAUAAGGAGCUUGCAAAUGGUGAGGAGGAAGGCGAGAAAAAGAAGGGGAAGAUCUCUCUCAAGGACAAGGUGGAGCUUGAGAAGGAGCUUGAUGAGUAUUAUAAGCUAGACUAUGAGGACACCAUUGGAGAUCUGAAGACACGGUUCAAGUAUAGGCAAGUUCAGCCAAACAGUUUUGGACUGGAGACGUAUGAGAUACUGCAAUCAGAUGACAGGGAUCUGAACCAAUAUGUAUCCAUGAAGAAGCUAGCACCAUAUAGGGAGGAUGAAUGGCAGGUGACUCAUCAUAAGAAGCUGAGCAAAGAUUUGAUCCUUGGAGGACAGAAGAUAGAAGGCAAGAAGGUCAAAUCUCACAAGAAAUCUAAGUCUGGGGAAGGCCCUAGUUCUGGGAGGCCAGAGACAGAUAAGCCAACAAGUGAACAAGAAGAAACUGAUGGCAAGACAGAGUCAAAAAGCAAGAAGCACAAGACUGGGAAGAGAUCCAGGUCCGAGGAUGGUCCUGGUUCUGAAAAGGCAGAGGAAGUCAAGUUGACAAGUGAGCAAGAAGAUGCAGAUGCCAAGACAAAGUCAAAGAAGAGCAAGAAGGCCAAGACUGGCAAGGAACCCAGGUCGGAGGAAGACCCUAGUUCUGGAAAGCCAGAGGAGGGCAAGUUAACAAGUGAAGAAGAAACAGGUGGCAAGAAAAAAUCAACUAGAAGUGAGCGAAGGAACCGUCGAAGGAAGGAGUUGAAAAUAUCCAGGGACAGACAGGGGGCAUACGGGCUGAUAGAUCUGAAGAGUCAGAAGAGCAAUUGAUUUUGGGGAUUCAGCGUAGGGCAAGUUAACAAGUGAAGAAGAAACAGGUGGCAAGAAAAAAUCAACUAGAAGUGAGCGAAGGAACCGUCGAGGAAGGAGUUGAAAAUAUCCAGGGACAGACAGGGGCCAUACGGGCUGAUAGAUCUGAAGAGUCAGAAGAGCAAUUGAUUUUGGGGAUUCAGCGUAGUUCAUAUGGAAACUUCAGUUUUUCGAUGCACCUCUCUGUGGGUGUUGCCGUGGUGGAAACAUUUGCUUGGAGCCAUCAGUAUACUAUCUAUGUAGGAUAUUGUCGUCUAAUCUUGGAAGUUAUGAACCCAUUGUUAUCCUAGUAGCAACCUAUUUGUGUGUUAAAGUUUUGAAGGCAGUCCGUUCGUGAAAGAUAUAAUUUCUUUGUUUUGCUGUUA